UUGAAAACAAGUUUGAAGUGUUCUUAACAAAUAAACAAUGUUAAUGGAUAUAUUUGUUGUGUAAACAAACAUUAAUAAUUUAUAUCAUUGUCGUGGUUUUGCUGAAGAGGAUUUGACACAUUUUUAUACGAGUUGAUAUAAAUGAACAUUAUGCAGCCUUUGCCUCUGUCUGUGAGCGAGUCGUCGGCAUUCAGCCGACCAAGGUCAACUUCUCCUAUAGACGUGGAAUCGACGGCGGAAGAUUUGUCCGGACGGAAACCGGAGAUGUCGCGGUCGCCUUCACCGUGUAAUAGUGACCGUUUGUCGCCGGAAGUUGAACACAGGGACGCCGGUGUAUAUAGUGGACGUACUUGUGAUACAUACGCACCGCAUACAGCAUUUAAAACACCUCUCAGAUUUGGAGUUGACUCAUUAAUAUCACAUUCAUCAAAUAUGAAUUCCACCAGAGACCAUUCUUUAAAAUCCAGCAGUUUAAGUAUUAAUAUACAUACCUCUCAUACACGACCACCACAUUUCUCUCCCGGAAGGGAUUCGGACGCCAGCGACCAGCACUCACCCCGCUCCGACACCUCUAGUCCGCCGACGUCCGAGCACUCGCCACCGCCGCCCGCACACAACAAAUCCCAUAGUUCCUCCUUCAGCAUGGAUGACAUUCUUGGCCGAAGCCCACCUACGACGACUCGACUUCCGGAGCCCACGAGCCCGGCGUACGUGCCCAGCCCGGCGCACGAGUCCCGAUGGCCAAGCAGCCUCGGUGUCAACGCCGGCUUCCCAUGGCUGCCAUCUUCAAGAAUCUCACCACCGCCAAGCGCCGUGAGCCCCCAAAGAAUGAACCCACAGAAGUGCACACUCCGGAAGCACAAGACAAACCGGAAGCCGCGGACCCCGUUCACCACUUCACAGCUCCUGGCGCUGGAGCGGAAGUUCCGCCAGAAACAGUACCUCUCCAUAGCCGAGCGGGCCGAGUUCAGCGCCUCGUUAAAUCUCACAGAGACCCAGGUGAAAAUAUGGUUCCAGAACCGCAGAGCCAAGGCCAAAAGACUCCAUGAGGCGGAAAUCGAAAAGUUGAAAAUGGCCGCCAAACCCAUGCUGCCACCAGCGCUUGGGAUCACCUUUCCGGCGGCCGCCGCGCUAUAUGGAGCCCAUCUUGGUCGCUCACAAUUAAUCGCAAACCCGUUUGGUUCACCAUUUUCGUAUGGCUGCCCACCAAGUUCCAUGUACCACUGACCAACCACUUCCUGUACUGUGUCGGUUGACUCUUAAGCAGCAUUAUGAGGCAUGCUUGCAGCCUCCUGUCCGCGUCCUUCGUGAGUUAGGAGCCCUUGUGCUUUAGGGACCGGGGUGGGAUACGCAGACAUACACAGUUUGGUUCGAUCUAGCGACCAGCGUUUACUCUGCGACAUUGCGUCGAAAGUGCUUCCGUUACCGCCAUAAUUGUGUGCGGAGAACCGUUCGUGAAAUCUUACAUUGAAAUUUCACAAUGAAGAAAUGACACUCAGUAUUUAUUCGGUUCAAACCAAAUUGUUCUUGGAAGAAGAACAAUGUUUUUUUACAAUUUUGUUAUAUUAUUAUGUGUAAUAUGUUUUUUAUAUUAUUUUGUUGUUAGUGUUGCAAAACGAUAAUGAAAAUAAAAAUCAA